AUGGCGAUGGUGUUGGACGCAUUUGCGUCCUACCUGGUGGACAUGGUCAAGCAGGUGGCAACAGAUGAGGUAGGGGCUAUGCUCGGAGUCUCGGGUGAGAUCAACAAGAUGGGUGACAAGCUCCGAGACCUCAAAAACUUCCUGGAUGACGCCGAUAGGAGGAACAUCACCGACAAGAUCGUCCAAGAGUGGGCGGGGCAGCUCAAGCGUGCCAUGUAUGAAGCUAUUGAUAUCCUUGACCUCUGCCAGCUCAAGGCCAUGGAGCAUGGAUCAUCCUCCAUAGAUGCAGGGUAUUGCAAUCCCUUGCUCUUCUGCAUGCGAAACCCCUUCCAUGCUCGCGAGAUCAGCAUCCGCAUCAAGGCACUCAACCAGAGGCUCGAAGCCAUCAAGCAGCGAAGCGACACUUUCGGUUUCAUCAAUCUCGGGUUUUAUGAAGAUCGUAGCGGCAAUGCCCUUUCCUCUGGCUAUGGUAAUCCAAUUCGGGAAACGAUAGGAGACUUUGACAGGUCGGUUGUGGUUGGAGACAAGAUUGAAGACGACACAAGAGCAUUGGUUGCCCAUAUCAUCCAGACAGGAAAGGAGGUCAACAAUGACAUCAUGGUGGUCGCCAUUGUAGGUGUCGGCGGGGUUGGCAAGACCACACUCGCUCAGAAGAUCUUCAAUGAUGAGGCAAUCCAAGGUGAGUUCAGUAAAAAGAUAUGGUUGAGCGUCAACCAAAACUUCAGUGAGGUCGAGCUGCUCAAAAGAGCGAUCAUCGAAGCCGGAGGAGAUGCCCAGCUAGCUGGAAAUGCAAAGGCCACGCUCCACCGAAGCCUCAAGGAUGCAUUGAUUGGCCACAAGACCUUGCUGGUAAUGGAUGAUGUUUGGGACCAUGGAGCAUGGGAAAGUGUGCUCAAAAUACCCUUAGCCAAUGUUGCUGCUUCAGGUAGCCAAGUCCUCGUCACCACUAGGGAUGAAGGUGUUGCUCGAGGGAUGAUGGCCAGAUGGCCCUAUCACCAAGUCGACACAUUAUUGCCUGAAGAUGCUUGGUCAUUGCUCAAGAAACAGGUACUCUCAAGUGAGAUAGAUGAAGAGCACAUCAAUACGCUAAUGGAUAUUGGAUUGAAAAUUAUACAAAAAUGUGGUUGUUUACCUCUUGCCGUUAAAGUAAUGGGAGGACUCUUGCGUGAAAGAGGGGGGCUCCGUCGUGACUGGGAGCAGGUUUUGGAUGAUUCUAAUUGGUCAAUAACUAAAAUGCCCCAAGAGAUCAACCACACAGUAUAUAUAGGCUAUGACUAUAUGCCGCCUUAUUUGAAGCAGUGCUUUCUAUACUACUCACUGCUUCCUAAGAGUAAAGUUUUUCAUAUGGAUGAAGUCGUUGCAAUGUGGAUGAGCGAAGGAUUUAUUCAUGGAAACUCUAUUGAUUUAGAAGAAUUGGGAAAGAACUACUACAAGGAGUUGAUAUCUAGGAACCUUAUAGAGCUAGAUAAAUCAUAUCCUCAUAUAUGGGUUUGCAGCAUGCAUGAUGUUGUUCGCGCAUUUGCUCAAUAUAUGACUAAAGAUGAAGCACUCAUAGCUCAAGACGGAGACAAUGAUAUUCUUACAAAACUUAGUUCACAAAAGUUUCUUCGGUUAUCCAUAGAAACUAACCGAUCACAAUCAGAUGAUCUUGAUUGGACAUGUCUGCAGGCGCAACAAUCAGUGAGAACAUUAAUCUCAACUAUUCAGAUCAAGAUGAAGCCUGGUAAUUCAUUGGUUACCUUUUCAAGUCUGCGAGUCUUAUAUAUACAAGCUGCGGAUGUGGCUGCAUUGGUUGAAUCGUUGCAUCAACUCAAGCACCUGAGGUAUCUGGCACUAUUAGAUACUAAUAUUUCUGUACUUCCUGGGAGCAUUGGCAAGAUGAAACUAUUGCAAUUCCUUGACCUUCGUGGAUGUACAAAAUUGGUGAAUCUCCCCGAUAGCAUCGUGAUGCUCAGCCAGCUGCAAUUUCUUUACAUUCCCAACAUACAUAUCAUACCUAGAGGGUUCCGUGUUCUGAAAGGAAUAAGGAAACUAAUUGGGUUUCCAGCCCACAUGGAUGGUGAUUGCUGCAGUUUGGACGAAUUGGGGCCUCUUUACCAUCUCAAAAAUCUUUUCUUAAAUGAACUAGAAAAUGUUUCUGCUGCCUCAUUUGCUGCUAAUGCUAGGCUUGGUGAGAAGAUGAAUCUUAUCGAACUAUUCUUAUGGUGCACCAGCAGACUAGGAGAUGAUGGGCUGAUUAAAGAGAACGAAGGUGUCUCUGAGGAAGAGCAGCGACGAAUCGAGAAUGUGUUUGAUGAGUUGUGCCCUCCAUCCAGUGUAGAGAUUAUUAAUAUCAAAGGGUAUUUUGGCCAGCAACUCCCGAGUUGGAUGAUGUCUACAUCAAACGUGCACCUCAACACCUUGACGACUCUAUUUUUUUCUGACCUAGCAUGUUGCACACAACUUCCUAAUGGGUUGUGUCAGCUCCCCUACCUGCAAUUACUUCAGGUUAAUCGUGCUCCAUGCAUCAGGCGGAUUGGGACUGGAUUCUUGAAGGCUGCAUCAGCUCCAUUUCCGAAUUUAAAAGAGAUGAACUUGGCAGGAAUGGUGGGAUGGGAGGAAUGGGAAUGGGAGGAAAAAGUACAAGCCAUGCCCCGUUUGGAGAAGCUUCGGCUUAUAAAUUGCAGACUGAGGGAUGUUCCACCAGGCCUUGCCUCUAACACAAGGGCUUUGAAGCAAUUAACUCUAGAACAUGUCCAGCAUCUCAGCUACAUUGGGAGCUUUCCUUCAGUUGUUGAGCUUACAGUGGAUGGAAUCCCCGACCUAGAGAGGGUCACCAAUCUCCCCAAUCUGCAGAAGCUUACCAUCACCAAUUGCCCAAAUUUGAAGGUGCUGGAGAGUAUCCCUGCACUCGAUAGGUUGGUACUGGAGGAUUACGUCAUGGAAGAACUCCCAAAAUACAUGCGAGAUAUAAAGCCAAGGCAUCUACAGCUACUCUGCAGGAGAUGGUUGCUAUCUUCAUUAGCCACGGGACAGUGUGGUCCUGAGUGGCAUAAGUUCAGCCAUGUGGAGCAUGUCAAGGCAUAUGCACCUGAUGGAGGCAACCAAAGAAAAUGGUACAUGUUGUACACAAGAGGAGAAAACUACAAGUUGGAUUCAAAUAUUAGUGACUCUACCAUAUUUGAAGGCCCUGACUAUGCAGCCAAAUUGGUGCUGCCACAUGAAUGAAAAGGUGGAUCGCGAAAAAGACAAGUGUCGUGUAGGAUUCGUCACAUUCUUUGGCAAGACAAGUAUCGUGUAUUGUGUAUCAUUGGCAAUAAGCUUCGAUGUGUUGAGAGAACAAUUAAUAAUGUAGGUGCACAGAGGCUAAAGACUAUUUGUGUUGGGUUUGCAUGUUGCUUUCUUGUUUGCAAGUUUUAACGGUUGUAUAUACAUGAUGGUUGCAUCAUACGGAUGUGCACUGAAUGUAUGUUCAGGUUACAUCAAUGGAACUAGUAGAUUCAGAAGAAAAGAAUGCUCGUCCCUCAAGCCUCAACUGUGUAAUGGUGCCACAGACAGAUGGCACUCAUCUGUGGAAGAGAAGCCAGGGUUCCGUUUUGUACCUUGCCAACUGCAGAGUAGUGAUUGCGGAGGUGCACAGGGUCAGGAGCUGAAACUUCCAAAGAAAUCGACAUUUCUAAUGGCUCAGACUGCAACUUGCCAUCGGUUCAUGCUAUGGCACUCAACGUGUUAUCGUCUCUUAAUUUGUCUGAAGUUGGCUGAAUUUUGUUGGUGCCUAUCACUCCCUUUAGCCCUUGAGUCCAAUAUCAGAACAGAACCAAGCCUUCAGGACAGCAGCAUGGUUAAAUAUUUGCAUUGCUUCCACUAGCUAGCAUGCAUGAUUUGGACACUCAAUCUGUUCUCAACAGGGUGCAUGAUUUGGAACUUGGUAUUAAACCCAAAUGAAGUGUUGGCGGGUGUUCUCCUUUACCCCUUAAUUAUGCUCAUGGUCCUUCUGUAGCAGAGUAUGUUUAGUUUUCCCUUUAUAUACUACCCUGUUUGGCUCUGUUGAAUGAGCAACAGUACAUUCAUACUCCAUAACAUGCUUC